AUGAAGGACAGACUCAAUGCUCCAUGCUUGAAUGCAGACUACAUCUGUCAUUACAAAGGCAGUCUCAUAGGGAAACAUUUCAAAAGCUUGGCACAAGUGAUGCCAUUUUUAAUUUAUGAUCUUGUUCUUUCAAUUGUUCUCAAUGCAUGGACCAUGAUAGGAGAGCUCGUCAUACUUGUCUGGCACAUGAUGAUUGUGGAUACGGAAGCUUAUCUUGUAGUUUUAUGCAGAGAUAUGCAAUAA